AUGGACAUGCUGGAGCAUAUACUUGAUGGGAGAGAGGAACCAACGAAUCUACCAUUUGCUCUUUUGAAGAAUAUCACGGAUAAUUUCUCCGAAGAGCGAGAAAUUGGCCAGGGUGGAUUCGGAACGGUUUAUAAGGGUGUCCUCCCAAAUGGGAAUGUUGCUGUGAAGAGGAUUAUGAACAGCCACACAAUCGAUGAGAAUCUAUUUUAUGGUGAAGUUAAUAGCCUCUUGAAGGUUAACCAUCAAAAUGUAGUCCGGUUUCUUGGUUAUUGUGCUAACACAGAGCAGAUAGCGGUGAAACUUGACGGAGCAAGAGAAUAUAUUUACGCAGAGAUAAGGGAAAGAUUGUUCUGUUUCGAGUAUAUUAGCAACGGAAGCCUACAGAAACAUAUUACUGAUGAAUCUUCCGGCCUUGAGUGGGACAUGCGAUAUGAGAUGAUAAAGGGAAUUUGUACCGGUCUGCAUUUCCUUCAUGAGAAAUGCCGUAUUGUUCAUCUAGACCUUAAACCAGAAAACAUAUUGAUGGACACAACUAUGAUACCAAAAAUAUCGGAUUUUGGUUUGUCAAAGAUCUUUGGCAGCAAACAGUCACGGAUUAUCACUAAUCAUUGUACAGGAUCACGUGGGUAUAUGGCACCAGAAUACUCAAUCCAAGGCAUAGUCUCCAUGAAGGCAGAUAUCUUCAGCUUGGGUGUUAUAAUAAUUGAGAUAAUCACAGGUCAUAGGGACUAUCCGUCUUACCGGCUCGACAGUCCCCAGAGUACUAGCAUAUCUUUCCAGCAAUACAGAGGGAAGGUACGUUAA